UGUAACGCCUUAGGCCGUGGUGUACAGUAGACAACCAGUGCAGUGUUUCGAACAAAACAGUUGAACGGUGAAUAAUAGCAAACUACCAUUUCUAAACUGUAGAUGAAUGAACUUAAUCUCCUUUGUAGCGGUUACGAGGAUGAUAGUGUUUUAAAUUGCAUUUUCAUUGAAACAAAUAUGUGUUGCACCACCCGGCUCCAUGGACGGCUAAAUUAGCUGGUAGCAUUCCCAUACAGCAGCAGAAACAGUGUAUGUGUAUGUGUUUGUGUGUAUGUUUCGGCGUUUAUGCCAUUGGCAGAACUCUACCUAAGCCGGUGCAUCAUACACUUUUUCAGUGCGUUUCUUCUACGCCGGUGGUACGCUACUAGCCGUGCUCCGUUCUAUACGUACCGAACCGAAUCAGACCGAUAAAACAGACCGGUCAAGAUGUCGGGCACCAUACUGGAGAAUCUGAGUGGCAAAAAGUUAAGCAUUUUAGUGGCAUCGCUGUUGUUCUUGCAGUUCCUUUGCUUCCUUCUGGGUGGUCUCAUCGCCCCGGUUCCGGCAAGUGUGCAGACAAUUCUGGCCACCAUUUGUAAGGAUGUACCGGGCUCGCACAACGACACCUCAGUAUGGCUGUACUCAAGGGGAGAAGAUCGUUGCCAAAGCUUGGACCAUUUCGAUAUCGAGAGUGACGAUAUGAAGAUGGCCAACCAGAUCGUGUUCGUCUUCCAGAUGCCACUUCCUCGCGAAGGCCGCCAGCUAGACUAUUCGCGCUGGCAGCAGAACUUGAUUGGCGUGCUGCAAACAGACAUUGCGUACGAUGCAAAUGUGCUGCACAAACCGCACACCAAGAUUACGAUCGAUGCACGGUUGGCGUAUCGGAACAAGGGCGAUGCGGAUCAGGAUUGGAAGUAUCUGGCAUCGUCGCUCGAGGAGCGAGAUCUCGAUUGCACCGCCAACAAUGUGACGGACGACUAUCUGUACAACUGCAACACGAUUCCACUGUUCGAGCUGGGUUCACUGCACCACGACUUUUACCUGCUAAACGUGCGUCUGCCGGUAGACAGCGAGCGGCGUAUGAAUCUGGACAUUGGGCACAUCAAAGAUUUGCACCUGUCCGUCAUCUAUCAGAACGGUGGGUUCACCAAAGUGUGGGUAUCGCUCAAGACGGUGUUCCUUCCGUUCAUUGUGCUAAUCAUGGCCUGGUUCUGGCAGCGCGUCCAUUUGCUGCACCGCAAACCCGCACUGCUAGAAGAGAUGCUGUUGGCGCUGGGUUGUGCGCUUACAUUUUUGAACCUGCCGUUCGAAUAUUUUACGCUUUUCUUCGACAUGCCGUUUAUGCUGCUUCUAAGCGACAUACGCCAAGGAGUGUUUUACGCUACGCUUCUCUCUUUCUGGCUAAUUUUCGCCGGGGAACACAUGCUGAUUCAAGAGACGGGCGAAAAGUCGGGUGUCAAGACGUACUGGAAGCAUCUGAGCGCGGUGGCCGUUGGCUGUGUGUCGCUCUUUCUGUUUGAUAUGUGCGAACGUGGCGUACAGCUCCGGAACCCAUUCUACUCGAUUUGGGUGUCCAAAGUUGGCGCAAACGUUGCCCUUGGUUUCAUCAUCUUGGCUGGCAUAUCGGCGGGAUUGUACUUUUGCUUUCUUUGCUACAUGAUCUGGAAGGUAUUCUGCAACAUCAACAUCAAGCGCACAUCGCUCCCGUCCAUGUCCUCCGCGCGACGGCUGCACUACGAGGGCAUUAUCUAUCGGUUCCAGUUCCUGAUGCUUGCUACCCUGCUCUGCGCUGCCAUGACCGUUAUCGGCUUUAUCAUUGGACAAGUUUCAGAGGGCCGUUGGAAGUGGGACGACAACAUCGACCUAGAGUUUACGUCCGCGUUCUUCACCGGUGUAUACGGCAUGUGGAAUAUUUACAUCUUUGCACUGAUCGUACUGUACGCUCCCAGUCACAAAAAAUGGCCCACCAACGAAACUACCGAAAACAUUAUGAGCGAGGAGAUCGAAUUCAGCAAUCUGCCGUCCGAUUCGAACCCGAGCGAAAUUUCGUCCCUCACGCAGUUCGCUCGAAAGGCAGCACAGGACUAAAGCGGCCUCCGGAAAGACUUUAAAUGACAACUAUUUUUGAAAGUUCAAUUUUAACGCUUUUUUAUAUGCAAAUGGCCCGCAAAUCGAUUCGACAACCUUCAGCAAUCUUCAGAGAGAUCGCUUUCGAUUACGCUCGGGCCAUUGCUCAACGUCACAGUAUUAGCAUCACAGUAUCCCGGAAUCAUGUGUAAUUUGUUUAUGUGUGUGUGUGUGUAGAGUAAGCCUAAGGGAAAAGCAAACAUAAUUAUUCUCUGGUUCGCGCUUUUCCCGCAACUUUCUCGCUAGAUUUUAGUGCGAUUUACCGCAAAUCUUUCUCAUAUUUAACGUCGUUCGAUCUAAAUCCCCGGUAAAAUAAAGUGAGGACACCCCUUUUUGUGUAACAAGUCGCUCAGGA